AUGCAGUCCAAGCUCCUCCUCGCAGCCACCGCCGCCACCGGCGCCAUGGCCGUCCGCGACCUCUCCGGCGCCCUCCCCGAGCAGCUCCGCCGCGCUGAGCUCGCCGCCCGCGACCAGACCGAGUGUUUGGCCGUCUACGCAAAGCACUCCACCCUCCUCGACGACUUCCCCGAGGCCCCCACGGCGCUCGCUACCGCCACCGACAUCCCCAUCCCGACCCUCACUGACCCGUGCGUGUUCCCCACGAUCACGGGCCCCGUCGGCGCCGUCAUCACCUCCUACUCCUCUGCCCUCCAGAGCUGGCAGGACGCCCACAUCACCGAGCUCCGCUCCCUCUACUUCGCCUGCAGCGACGUCCCCCAGUUCUCCCAGGUCAUCCAGCAGUACAGCGCCGUCAUCUGCUCCACGGCCCUGGACGUCAUCACGUCCACGGGCGCCAGCAACGGGACUGCCACUGCUACCGGCACCGCCACCAGCGGCGCCACGGGCGCUGGCGAGACCACCGCUGCCCCUACUGGCACUGACGCUUCUGCGUCCGACGCUGCUGCGACAAGCUCUUCGUUCAACGCCGCUCCCAAGGAGACUGGCUUUGUCGUCGCUGCUGCCGCUGCCGCUGCCGGUAUCGUCGGCGCCGUCAUGCUCUAA